AGAGAGAGAGAGAGAGAGAUGGCUUCUUGUGGUGUCUUCAAAAGUAGCUUCCUUCCAUCUCUACACAUUCAAGAUGGGUACUCUUCUUCCAGCCUUUUAGCUGCUGCCAAACCCAUUCUUCCCAGUAACAAGCGAAAGUUUACUGGGGUCGUAGCUGCUCAGGACAACAAAGCCAGCAAAGAAAACGAUGUCCCAGUCAAGAGAGACGACUCAACAAAAAUCAAUGGACAGGCCACAAGAACGCUGAAUUUUUCAGGAGAGAAGCCAAUUACUCCAAUCUUGGAUACCAUUAACCAUCCAAUUCACAUGAAUAAUCUUUCCGUCGAGGAGCUUGAGAAGUUGCAGAUGAACUCCGGGAAGAAAUUGUCUAUACCGUCUCUAAGACCGGCGGCCACCUAAGCGCUAGCCUUGGAGUGGCUGAGCUAACUGUCGCACUUCACCAUGUAUUCAACACACCAGAAGACAAGAUCAUUUGGGACGUUGGGCACCAGACAUACCCACAUAAGAUUUUGACGGGUAGGAGGUCGAGAAUGCAUACAAUUCGACAAACUUGUGGUCUAUCAGGCUUCCCCAAGA